UUCUUCCUUCCUUCCUUCCUUCCUUUCUUUUCUUUCAUAUAGGGCUUCAUGUAGCCCAGGCUAGGCACCAACAAUUUAUGUGGCCCAGGAUGACCCUGAGCUCCUGAUCCUCUUGCUUCUAACUCCUGAGCACUGAGAUUUCAGAUGUGUCUCCAUGCCCAGUUAGUGCAGUGCUUGGGAAUUGAACUCAGGGCUGGAUAUGUACAUACAUACAUACAUAUUGUAUACAUACACACACAUGUGCACAUAUACACGUAUGUACAUAUGCACAUAUUAAAUGACAAACAUUCUACCAGCUGAACUACAUUUGCCCCUCACAAUAGACUAUUCUUCAGCCAUUGACACAAAAGAGUAAAUUUCUUAUACUAUGUGAUUGAUCCUUAAAAAAGUGUUGAAUGGAAGAAGCCAAUACAGCAAAGACCACACAGUGCAUGGUUUCAUGUUUGUAAAAUAUCAAAAAGGAGCAAAUCCGCAGUGACAGUAAGCACCCUCCAGGUUGGCAGGGGCUUUAGGAGUAGAUUGGAUAGUUAUGGCUAAUGGACAGGAGGCUCUAUUUAGGUGAGGAAAAACUUGUGUAAGUGGGUAUUUGUGAUAACAUUGUGAAUGGACAAAAUGUAACUGAUUUGUACACAUCAAAGAUAGCUUAACUACACAGGGCCUUGUGGCAUAUGCCUGUAAUCCCAGAACUUGGGUGGUAAAGCAGAUUCACACACACACAGAAUGACAGAGACAGAGAGACAGAAAGAGAAAUAAAAUCUUUAGUGUAGUAUGCCACAUAGCACCAAGGGAGUGCAUCCCUGCUUCUUGCUAUCAUCACUGAGAUACAUUGUAGGCAUCCAUGAGAUUAUUCUCCCCAAAGAAACUUGUCCUUGGAUCCAGGCAUAUAAUAUUUCUCAUCCACUUAAUUAUCAUAAUUCCAAGUAUAUAUAUUUUUGUUUUGUUUUGUUUUUUUCUAGGCAGAGUUUCUCUGUUUAGUUUUGGUGCCUAUCCUGGAUCUCGCUCUGUAGACAAGGCUGUCCUCGAACUCAGAAAUCUGCCUGCCUCUGCCUCUGAGUGCUGGGAUUAAAGGUGUGUGCCACCACUGCCCGGCAAAGAAUAUAUUUUUGAAGCAGAUUUGGAAUUUAUUAAAAGAGAUUUUGUGUGCAUGAGGAUUUGGGGGGGAGGGUAGAGUCAGGGUCUCAUUGUGUAGCUCUGGCUGGCCUGGAAUUCCCUAGGUAGAUCCGAAUGGUCAUGAACUCACAGAGAUCCCUUUGCCUCUGAGUCCUGGGUGCUGGGAUUAACCUGUGCCUCUGCCACCACACCCAGUUUAAAAGGGAUUUUUAAUGUAGAUUUAAAUUUCUUUAAUUUUAUCUUAUACAUAUGGGUGUUUUGACUUCAUGAGUGUCUGUGCUCCAUUUGUAUGACUGUGGAGGAAAAGGCUUGGAUCCACUGGACCUGGAUUUACCAAUAUUGUGAGCUGCCUUGUGUGUCCUGGGAAUCAAACCCAGGUCCUCUGGAAAAACAGCCAGUGUUCUUAAUUGUUAGGCCAUCUCUCCAGCUCCUUUAAAUGUAGAUUGAACUAUGUGGGAUUUAAUGAAAAGAGACAUGCUCCAGGAAAAAAUAAGAUAGAACCAAGUAUGGUUAUGCGCUCCUGGAGGGCAAACCAAGAAGAAGCAAUCCUUUUCAAUAGUGAGUGAGAAAAAAACACCUAUGAAAUAUCCUAAGGACUAAGAGGGCAGGAUAAAUCGGCGUGCCAAAAUGCACACUAAAACCCAUUGUAAUACGGUUAGUAGUACAUAUUAGAUACCAUUGUCCAUACACUAAAUACUUAAAAACUUGAGGCUUUCGGGGUCAGAGAGACAAAGGGCUGGAAGCCCAAAUUGAACCUGAAUUUGUGAACACCCAGGCGACCUGGAACGCUGCAGCGCCCCCUGGCGGCACCCUAGGUUUCGAGCAUCUUUGCACACAGCUGGGAAGGAGAGCGCAAAGCCACAGCACAGAGAAGAUGGCUCUGUCCCAGAGCGACCGUGCGCUGGUUCUCGCUCUAUGGAAGAAGAUGAGCAGCAACGUUGGAAUCUACGCGACCGAGGCCUUGGAGAGGUAUGGACCCAGUCUGGCGCCCUCGGGCUCAUCUUCCAAUGGACGGCGAGGCGAAGGCGGGCUCUCUACACCUCCCGUUCCGGAUGCACCCAACUCAGUCUUCCCACAGGACCUUCGUGGCUUUCCCCUCCACCAAAACCUACUUCCCGCACAUGGACCUGAGUCCCGGCUCUGGCCAGGUUAAAGCCCAUGGCCAAAAGGUGGCCGAUGCACUGACUCUCGCUGCCCACCACCUGGACGACCUGCCUGGUUCUCUGUCUGCUCUCAGUGAUCUGCAUGCUCACAAGCUCCGUGUGGAACCCGCUAACUUUCAGUUCUUCAACCACUGUCUGCUGGUGACUCUUGCCCGGCAUUAUCCAGGAGACUUCAGUCCAACGAUGCACGCCUCUCUGGACAAGUUUCUGGGCCUUGUGACUUCGGCACUGGUCUCCAAAUAUCGCUGAGGAUGUAUCCUAGUAUCCCAAAGCAAGGUUCCAAGAGGCGGGAAUUGCAGCUGAGCGGGAGUCACAGAACUCCUAUGGGAGUUCCUUGUAUUUUGUUUUGGUUUGUUUUUUUGUUUUGAGA